GCUUUGAUAAUGUUUUUGUGCUGAAUUGACACAUUUGAGUCACACACACACACACACACACACACACAGUUCAGAGUUGUCGCAAUCCUUGUUUGUGGACUAUAUCGUUGAUUCUAUCAGACUGUUGAUGAAAGAGACGCUACUGCAGGUCAUUACAUAAAACACACAAGUCCACACACAGACACACACAUGCACACACACACACACACAAAUUGCAUCGAAUGACGUUCAAAUAUAUUUUAUUUUAUGUUAUUUGACCGUAAGAGUUCACCGACUACAUUGUGUGUUUUAAUAAGGCUAUCAUUUGAAAUAGUGACAUCAUAGUGUGUUUAUGAACUCACAGUGUGCGUCUCUCUGUGUGUGUGUUUGUUGAUCACUACAUGUGUGUGUCCUAUAUGACAUGUGUGAACUGGACACUUGAGCAUGAAUGAAUGUAGGUCAGGAAUGUGCUGCGAUCACACUUCUUUAAGACGCGAGCGGUGCGUAAACACUAUAACGCAUAUGUUCUGAUUGUCACACAGCUGCGAGCGUCGCGUCAAAACGCGUGAAUGGUCAGCGAGAGCCGAACUGUGAGCGUCGUCGUUGUGUGUGACGCGUGGUGCUGAUAGGCGGGUCCACGCGUGUUUUCUUUAGCACUGAAGUCACACUGAAGCAAAGAAAGUUUAUUUCAACGCAGAAUGUCGCGCGUGUUAAACGCUUUCAUUUCCCGCAUCAUUCCCGCGUCCAGCAGAAGUGCGGCGUGGAGGAUUUCUGCGCGGAGCGUCGCGACAGAUGACAGAGGUGGAGAUCGUGCGGCUCUGGGCAGGCGGUGGCAGGACUCAGCAGAGACUGUGAUCAUCGGUGGAGGUUGUGUGGGGGUCAGUGUGGCGUAUCAUCUGGCUAAAGCCGGACAGAAGGAUGUGGUUCUGCUCGAGAAGUCCGAGCUGACGGCCGGGUCCACAUGGCACGCGGCGGGCCUCACCACAUAUUAUCAUCCAGGCAUCAAUCUGAAGAAGAUUCAUUAUUACAGCAUUAAACUCUUUGAGCAGCUGGAGGAGGAGACGGGACAGGCCGUGGGUUUCCAUCAGCCCGGUAGCAUCAGACUGGCUUCCUCUCCGGUCCGAGUGGAUGAGCUGAAAUAUCAGAUGAGCAGAACCCACUGGCACCCCACACCACAGUUUCUCAUCGCCCCCGAUCAGAUCCAUGAGCUCUUCCCUCUGCUCAACAUCAACAAGGUGUUGGCUGGUCUCUAUAACCCCGGCGACGGUCACAUUGAUCCGUAUUCUCUGACCAUGGCUCUGGCGGCAGGUGCCCGGAUGUACGGCGCUCAGAUCUAUCACCCGGCUCCGGUCACGGGUCUCACGCCGACCACUGACGGCAGAUGGGACAUCCAGACUCCACACGGAAGCAUCCGAGCCAAUCGCAUCGUCAACGCCACAGGUUUCUGGGCGCGUGAGCUGGGUCAGAUGAUUGGUUUUCAGCAUCCCACCGUCCCUGUACAUCACCAGUAUGUUGUCACGGCAACCGUUCCUGAGGUCAAAGCGCUGAAGAAAGAACUUCCUGUGAUCAGAGAUCUGGAGGGCUCGUAUUAUCUGCGUCAGGAGCGUGACGGCCUUCUGUUCGGACCCUACGAGACAGAGGAGAAGAUGGUUCUGCAGGACUCGUGGAUCAGAGACGGCGUUCCUCCAGGUUUCGGUAAGGAACUGUUUGAGUCUGAUCUGGACCGGAUCAUGGAUCACGUGGAAAUGGCCAUGGAGAUGGUGCCGGUUCUGAAGAACGCUGACAUCAUUAACAUCGUAUCUGGACCAAUCACAUACACUCCUGACCUGCUGCCUAUGAUCGGACCGCACCAGGGCGCACGCAACUACUGGACUGCCAUUGGCUUUGGGUACGGUAUCAUUCACUCUGGAGGGGUGGGGAAGUUUCUCAGUGAUUGGAUCAUGAGUGGAGAGCCGCCGUAUGACCUCAUCGAAUGUGACCCGAACCGCUACGGUCACUGGACCAGCGCACACUACCUGUGUGACAAAGCCAGAGAAUCUUACGGAUUCAAUAAUGUUGUGGGUUACCCUAAAGAGGAGCGUUUUGCAGGGCGGCCGACUAACAGAGUCAGUGGUGUUUAUGAGCUGUUAAAGGAGAAAUGUUCAAUGGGUUUCCACGCGGGCUGGGAGCAGCCACAUUACUUCUGCAAACCAGGAGACGACACUGGAUACAAACCCAGUUUCAGACGGACUAACUGGUUUGGACCGGUGGGGCGUGAGUGUAAACUGGUGAUGGAGAGAGUGGGCGUGAUCGACCUUUCACCUUUUGGGAAGUUCACAGUGAAAGGGGAAGAUUCACACAAGCUGCUGGAUGGACUGAUGGCUAACAGCCUGCCGAAGGUGGGUCAGACCAACAUCAGUCACAUGUUGACCCCGCGGGGGCGUGUCUAUGCUGAGGUCACGGUUACCCAGCAUGCACCUGGAGAGUUCCUGCUCAUCACAGGAUCAGGAUCAGAGCUGCACGAUCUGCGAUGGAUUGAGCGGCAGGUGUCUGAUGGGGGUUAUCGUGUGAGUGUUUUUAAUGUGACGGAUGAGAUGGGUGUUCUGGGCAUCGCCGGGCCAAACUCCCGCAAGGUUCUUCAGAAGCUGACAGAUGAAGACAUGAGUGAUGCCGCGUUCAGAUUCCUGCAGUGUAAAUCCAUUCAGCUGGCCGGCAUUCCGGUCCGGGCCGUCCGGAUCUCCUACACGGGGGAGUUGGGGUGGGAGUUGUACAUGGACAUGAGCAGCAUGUCAGUGGUGUAUGAAGCGCUCAUGGGCACCGGACAAGACGAGGGGAUUGAUAACUUCGGCACAUAUGCCAUGAACUCCCUGAGACUGGAGAAAGGAUUCAGAGCCUGGGGCGCCGAGAUGAACUGUGACACAAAUCCUCUUGAAGCUGGUUUGGAUUAUUUCAUUAAACUCAAUAAGUCUGCAGAGUUCAUGGGGAAACAGGCUCUGCUGGAGAUCAAGUCUCAGGGUUUGAAGCGUAAACUGGCGUUCCUCACACUACAUACGGACGACAUCGACCCCGAGGGCAAUGAAACCAUCUGGCACAACGGCAAAGUGGUUGGAAACACGACAUCAGGAUCGUACAGUUACAGCACACAUCAGAGUCUGGCGUUUGGUUAUCUGCCCGUGGAUCUGCUGAACAUCGGACAGAAGGUGGAAGUGGAACUUCUGGGGAAGAAAUACCCGGCCACGGUCAGUCAGGAGCCGCUGGUCCUCACAGAACCCACCAGGACACGACUGCAGAAGAAGAAGAGCGAGAGAGACGGAGUGAAGGACUGAGCGAUGACCGCGUUUAGUUUCUGGUCUGAUGGAGCUGUUAGGAAAGAAAACUUGAUUUACUUCAUCUGUGAAUGAAACACUAAACUCUCAAGUGAUCUUUAUGGGAACAAAAUCACUAAACAGGGUUUUAAAACACUGCUGUAGAAACACAAAGUCUUCAUGUUUUACUCUUAACUCCGUCUGACACAUGUUCACAUCAAGUGAAAUAAUUCUCACAGUUACACAUCAAAUGAUUCCUCUGUUGUUUGAUGAGACGUUCUGUUUAUCUUUGUACUGUGAAUUUUCAUUAUGAAUAAAUACACUUUGUUUAA